ACCAAAACAAACAUUAUUCAUAUCCAUUAGUCAGCUAAAUCUAAUCCCAGUUAGUUGCGCGAACGAGGCUCAGGAUUGAAAACUAUAAAUUCCGUUGGACGAUUAACACAACAAAAAUGUGGAAUGGUGGACGAGGCCGCGGCGGAAAUUACCAGGGACUGCCGAAGUACGCCGGCAACGGUCCCGAAAAUUGGGGUGACGAAAAUUGGGGUGCCGAAAAUUGGACCGGCAACUCCUACGAGUCUUGGGACACCGGACGAGGCCGCGACGAGACCGAAAAUUGGGGCGGCAACGGCCGCUGGAACGAAGAUUGGCACGAUGGCCGUGGUUGGAGUGGAGAGGUAGGUUGUGCUAAUGGGUCCGGUGGCAGAGGCUGGAACGACGGUCGGUGGAACGGCGGCCGGUGGAAUUGGAGCCAUCGGGGUCGUGGUCGUGGGUUUCGUGGCGGUUUCCGUGGCGGUCGGGGUUCUUACUCCUACAACGCUGACCGCCCGGAAAAAGAAGGGAAAACGAUGGCCACGCAAACGAAGGCUUGUUUGUUCGGAGAAAAAGCCACUCAGACCGAUUUAACGUUCGGCGAGGCCGAAAACGAGGACGGAAACGAUUGGGUGACCGUCCUCCGCCGGAACCAGAACCGCAUCGACGCCGCGAACAACACCCCCAACAACAACGCUGGCAAAAACGGCAACAACAAAGACUUCCGGGAAUUCUUGGAUGACCCAUAACAAUCCAACGUACCCCAAAGUAUCCAUCGUCGUUCAAUGAAGCUACCGAUGGUUAAUACACCUUCAAAUACCGAUGGGUAAUACACCUAUAUAGACCCCCGUUGAUCAGAUCAUAACUCCGGGGAGUUCCUGGAGGAUCCAUAACAAGGGCAUCCAUCGUGGUUCACUGAAGCUACCUGAAGCUAUAUGUAAAUAAAGUACAGUGUACCUUUCUUUGCCCGAUGUUUUAUUAGCGCCGAUUAGAUCACUUUGGUGAUAAGAUCGCGAGAAGAGAAGAAGUGAUAAGAGAGAAGAGUGACCGCACGGGAAAGUCCGACGGGUUUGAUUUGUUUAUAUUUGGCAAUAAAACUAAGUCUACAGCCAACACUCAACUGGCUCAGUUCGUUGAACCCUCCGCGUAUUUGUAACGCCCGAUCGUCGCGAAUAAAGUUA